AUGUCGAAACUUAUGGAAAGAAUUCUUAUUUUUUUCGGUGUCAGCACAAUUUUGAUGCUCGAAGCUUGGGAAUUUUGUAAUAAGCCGGAGAUCGGAGAGAAAGUUUGCAGAGCGGGUAAAUCACAUUUCAUGUGCGGAGAGAUCCAAGCACAAGCUGGCAGAUGGGUAACGGUCGAAGUAAAAGCUCCGCCAAUGACUAGAAAAAUUAAGAGAUAUUUCCUGGAAUUUUUUAAUAGUCUUCGCAAUAACAUAUCCAGCGGAACAUAUACUCUUAGUAACGGUCAAACGUUUCCCAUUGCGGCACGUAUGCGCGAAGUAAUAUGGGAUAAUGAACUCGAGUUUAUGAUGCAAACGUGGGUAAGGGCGGGAAAAGAAUCAAAAUUGGAUUGCAUUGGAUCGCAACGUUUAAAUUUUGUUUACACAAAACUGUUCACGUCCCCUCAAAAAUACAAGCUACCCUUUUUCAAAAUAGUAGAUUUGACCUUAUUGGCAUAUACCAAAAACAUGGAUGGCAUAUCCAAUACAAAAGAAGUGCAAAGUUACGGAACUGCGUAA